AUGUCGUACUCAGCCGGCGCCUGCUUGCACGCUUUUGCUCUGUUCGCGCGUUACAAAUACGACUGGCCAGAUAACGACACUACGGCAUGGUAUAGUACGAUGGCACCAAAGUACUACGGGGACAUCGAUCUGCAGGGGAUAUUUCCAAUCCAUGUUGCUGGCUGUAUAGCUCUGCCCCCGAUCCUGAACUGGUCUUAUCUUUUAAGGGGGUCCAAGGGAGCGAAACCGGUGGUCAUAUUAUGGGGAGCUAUGAUGUUCGCAGCAGUAAUCCCGAGCUUGAUCUUUAGCGUGAGAGGAUUUUCCCCUUUCGAGGUGACUAAUGAGGUUACUUAUUGUCCCACAAACGCAGCUAUCAACUGCACUUUCGAUGAACUUUACAACGAUGGAUAUGGAAUCUAUUCUUCGACGACCUACGAUCGCUGUCAAUGCAACGACACUUGCGGUGCCGUAGUUCCUAACGGCUCUCCAUUCAGAAAAGGCCAAAGCUUGCAAGCAGUCCUGACGUCUGAUCGAUCGAAUAACUUAGGCGAGAAGUCAUCCGUUUACUACGCAUUUGUUGUAAAUGCGCUUUUCCUCCUGUUCAUCCUAUCACACGGCAUUCUAGGCCUCAUAGAAGCAUCGUGGAGUCAACAACAUAUACGAGACACCAUCUUCCGACGGCUCAGUGGGGCCACCCGACGCAGCUCACGAGAAAGUCUAUCCUCAAAAAUACGGCACCACAUGGGGAAAUGUAUAGCAGGUUUUCUCUUUGCUUCUGCUAUAGUAGUGACGGUCUUGUGUCCGCCUGUCUUCAUCAGUUCAGUGAUCAUCAACGAGAUCGUGACAUGGAGCUGGCCAGUCGCGGAGGAUUAUGACGCCGUGGGACAGUGGGGUCCAUGGGUUGCCGCAGCCUUUGCAAUCAUUGCGGCUACUGUCCAGGCGAUAAGUGAAGCCUGGCAAGAUCGAAAAUCAACCAAGUCUCAAGUGGCGGUGUCCGCUAGUGUAAAGGAAAAACGAGGUUCCUUUAGAGAUCUAUGGAUGGACGUCCGUGUAACGCUCCAAGACUUCAAGUACUGGAUUGUUCAGGGCUCGCUCCACGAGCCAUUGAAACCACCGAAGGAAUCUGGUGGGAAAGUUGACGCCAAAAUGCCUGCCAAAAAGCCUCAUAGGAUGUUCAAAGAAGUCCAAGUCUCAAGCUUCCAUUGCGACAAAUGCAGGAAAUUGGCCGGGUCGGUCAAGUAUCAAUGUACCGAUUGUGACCAGGGCUAUUGCACGAACUGUUGGCCUCGAACGCAGAAGCGCGGCGCACGCCUCGAGGAUACUGCCGAGCAGCCGUCUAAUUCCAAACACCUAUCGAUACAUAGAGGCAACCUAGAUCCGCUUCACUCGGCCCUCUCUUCCCCAGAGAUAUCUCCAACGCAGACGCCAACGGAGGAUGUGCCUCUCCGACAUAUCGAAGAAGGCAGAGUCGCCCUCUUACCAAACAUCUCGCCAUCGCUCUCUUGA